GCUGGUUCGCAAAGGAAGUACGUACUGACAGCUUCUGUAACCAUAAAACCACAACACGAAUACACUUCAGACUCCAUUUCAACACUGGAUUCAUAACCGAUAUGUUAGCUAUUCAUUGAGACUUAACGGCGUUACCUACAGUAUUCGUGAAUUUCUGUUUUCAUCAUUUCGCAUUCUCGGAUUUCUCUGGGACGCAUCGACGCUGAUGCUACACUGCAUACUUAAAAAGGAUAUCGUGUUAAUUGAGACUUAGGAGAGAGGCUGGUUAAGAAACUUCUGGAGCCCACGUUACUUAGCGGAACGUUACGGUAAAUCUUCGCCCAUUUGUUCCUGGUUUCCUGCUGGCUUUUCGCACUCGAGAAGCGCAACGGGCGUUUGGUAGAAUUAGUUUCAUCUUCGACCAUUGAGAACUGUGUUCUUCAUAGUAUAGCAGCGUUGCAGCAACGCCAGCAACCUCACCAGCAACAUGCCAGUGAUGGGUUGCGAUGGGGAGUCGUCGACCAAUUCACCUGGUUCUUUUAUCAGCAACAUUAGCCUUAACAGCAGCAUGAGUAGCAUGAGCAGCGGCUCCAAUACCACUGGUGGUGUAGGCCACCACGAACUCCUCGCCGGCAGCCCGGCGGUAUGUGCCGGGUGCGGCGGCCGCAUCUGCGAUCGGUUUUACCUGCUAGCGGCAGACAGACAGUGGCAUACACAGUGCCUCCAGUGCUGCGAGUGUAAUGUUCAACUGGAUAGCGAGUUAUCCUGCUUCGCCAAAGAAGGAAAUAUUUACUGCAAGGAAGACUAUUUAAAACGGUAUGGAAUCAAGAAAUGCGCCCGUUGUCACGUGGGCAUCGAAUCCCACGAGAUGGUGAUGCGAGCCCGUGAGCUGGUCUACCAUCUCGCCUGCUUCAGCUGCGCCGUGUGCAACCUCGAACUCCACACGGGCGACUAUUACGGGAUGCGGGAAAACCUGGUGUACUGCCAACUCCACUACGAAACCCUCUUCGUUCCGUCCUCCGAUCAGAGCACCUAUCACCAUCUCCACCACGCCUCGCCUCCUCCUCCGCAACCAACCCUCCAUAAUCUCUCGCCCAGUUACCACACCCAUGGGGGCUCACCCAACCCGGGGGCGCCGUCGACCGGACACCCCUUCUUCCAGAAUGGACUAUCCCCCAUCCACAAAGGGAGACCACGCAAACGCAAGGGUGUGGACCAUCUCAUUGGCUUUGGAAUGGGUAAGUUAGCAUGACUUUGUGCCCCCUUU